ACCGGCUACAUUCCUACCACAUACCAGAAAAUCAUUCAUUGGCAUAGAAAUGUCGCAAAGUGACCUGUUCCGACGCUUCCCUCCUAUUGGAUAUGUUUGUCAGCAUCAUCGUAAACCUGCUACCCAAUCUCUGGAUGAAAUGGAGUUUGAAAAAGGGAUAUGGGGUCAUUCGCUAUAUGGAGAUCUGGAUGAACUGAAAGCAUGCAUUGAUAAUGGCAAAUAUACUGUUGACCAACGGGACUGCGCCGGCUACACAGCUUUACACUAUGCUGCCAGAAACAAUCAUCUCGAUAUAUGUGAGUAUUUGGUGAAAAAAGGUGCUGAUGUUAAUGCGGUAACCAGAGCAGGAAAAGCUUCAGCUUUACAUCGAGCAGCUUCUACAGGGCGAAAAGAAAUCGUUCUUUCCCUUCUUCAUAAAGGAGCGAAUCCCGAUCUGGAAGAUGCUGAUGGAAAAACAGCAUUACGCAGAGCGUUGGAUAAUAAUCAUAUGGACAUUGCUGAUAUACUCGAACUUUUCCAACCUUCUCCACUAUAAUGUCCCUCCCAUAUCCAUUAAUAUUGUUUCCUUUAAGCUAGGAUUAUUAUGUGAAGCUCACAUCACUUCCAGGAAGAGGCAUGGAAUAACAAAAAUGUACGUGUAUGUAUAAGUAAAAAUUAAAUGCUUCAAAAUUG